AUUUAACUUAUCCAGGAUAUUACAUGUUCCUACGUAUGUAUUCAUAUUGCAUACGUUUGCAAAAUAACCAACGACAUUUGGCCCUCAAGCAUUCCAUCAAUCGCAAUCCCACUUCCAACCGAACUUAAUUUAGUUCGUUUCUUAGCACUCUUCUCUUUGCAUAUUGCUAUUAAAAAUCAAAGCGUGAUUUUAUAAAUCCGUGAACGAGAUUAGUUUCCCAAUGUCCCCGAUUGCGGAUAAUAGCUCGAAUGGGUCCACAACAUCUUGGUCCUUCCACCAAUUCUUCAGUUCAUUCCCAACACCGAGUUUCCCUAAUUUACGAUUCGCUGCAAUGCUUGUCACCAUCGUCUCAAUUGCUUUCUACUGUGUCGUGUGUGUACUAUCAGUCCACUUUUUGGUAACCGGUCUUAAGGGAGAUGAUAAAAGCCACGAGGCAUUUUGGACCAUCCACUUGUUGCUUGCCAUCUCGUCUGACGUAAUCAGCAUCUUCCUUUUCUUUGGCAUCUACGCUGGCAACUCCAAAGUAAUCCACAACUGCUGGAAAGCAUUGACAGGGAUCAUUUUGGCUGCAAUUCUGCUAUUCGUUGGGAUCUGUAUUGAACGCAAUGGUAAAAUUGUCCUUACUCUGGUGGAGGUGGUCACUUCUGGCUUAUUGUUGCUGGGUCUUCGAGUUGUUUAUCUCCAUGACGUGGACCUCAAGAGGAACGAGGACUCUCUCGUUAUUUAGAUACGGUUCGGUCAGACCAUAUUUUAAAGACAGCACGAUAUGCAUUUCGCUUUAUUUGAUUGGAAUAUGCAAACUUUCUUGAAAAUCCAUGAAGAUGAAAGCUUGAAGCUUUAGCAAAAAACACAUUCCGAUACAAGUGAUUCUGUUUGGCGUGGAGUGAAAUUUAGCUUACGAGCAGUAACAUAUGUAUGUACCUCAAGAAAUUCGUAGAAUUGGUAAAUACAUUUUUAUCAAUGUGCUCCAUUUUCAUUUGUUGCAACGCGAGCUAUCUGACGACAGUGAAUAUCCCUAUCAAUUUCUAUUUCAGUACCUUCGUAAGCUUUACCUAACUCCCGAAAUGUUAUUCAUACAUUUUGUUCACAUAUUAUCAAAAUUUAUCUGUAGAUUCUUCAAAGCUGGAAUAAUUCUUUAUGGAUAAUGAUAAACUUACGUAUAUCUACAGAUAUGUACAUGUAUAUAACUAAUCAAAUUAUAUGAAUUUAAAUACAUAAUUGGCAAAAUAGCUUAUUUAUACUGUGCAAAUAUUUUGAUUGAAGCUUAAGCUUUUUGUGGUUAAAUAAAUAUAUCAAGUAAGUUUAUGACUGUAUUAUUUAACAAAUUUUAUUUAAAAUAAAUAAUAAAAAGUGUGCUAAAUCGUUCCAAUUUGGAUUUCUUGAACAUAUUGACUAAUUGGUAUCAUUCUCUCUUGGAGAUUAUGAUUAAAUACUUCUCAAACUUGGUAUGCAAAUAGAGCAUCUCGAGGAAAUUAAUUGUACGUGGUUAAACGCACCAUAAUUCGAAUUGAAAGC